AUGGGCAAAGUCGGGCGCUUCGCGUGUAUCCUCACGCCUAUGUGCCUUACCCUCGCAUCUUUAAUAUGCUUCGUCAUUGUCAUGCUAGGCCAAACACCUUGGUCAGGCAAUAAUGCACCAACAACAGCCUUGGGGCGCGACCUAUAUUUCUUCAAGGCGAAUACCGGAAACAUAACGGCCGACCCCGAUACCCUCGCCGACAAGAUCCCUGACGGCAUCACGCCGGACAGCGCAAAAGAAUUCCUCGAUGCCCUGAAAGGCAAGCUUUCCUCCAAGGAACUCAAGGACUUCUACCAAGUCGGCCUCUUCUCCUACUGCGAGGGCGACCGCGAUGCGGAGUCCGGCAAGGAGACCAUCACAUACUGCUCUGCGCGCAAAUUCCAGUUCCACUUCGAUCCCCUGGCUAUCUGGCAGAUGAACAACACCAACAUCCAGGAGGUCCUUGGGGAUAAAUAUGACAGUGGCAUGAACGCAUACAAGAAGGCUGCUGGAUGGAUGAACUGGGCCUUUGUUAUUACCCUGGUUUUGACCGCUGUGGAGUUCGUGGUUGGCUUCUUUGCCAUUUUCUCGAGAUGGGGUAGCCUUGUUACUACUGUCAUCUCUACCGCACAAACCAUCUUCGCCAUCCUCGCCGCUGCAACCGCAACAGCAAUUUACGGCACCAUAACCGGCGUCUUCAAGACUGUCCUCGAGCCCUACAACAUCGGCUCAUCCAUGGGUUCCCAAAUGCUCUCCGUCCUCUGGCUCGCCGUCGCCUUUUCCAUCGGCUCUGGUUUCUUCUGGCUCAUCAGCGUAUGCUGCUGCAGCGGAAAGAGCAGUCACAAGAAGAUGGUGGUGGAGAAGACACCGUACACGUAUGAGAGGGUUGCCAGCCCGGCUUUUGGUCAGAGCGGCCAUCAGAUGCACCAGUGGCCUAGCAGUCAGAAGGAGACGCCCAAGAUGGGAGCACCGACUGCCUAUGAGCCGUUUAGGUCGCGCGUCUAG